AUGACCUAUCUCUGCUGGGUCGUGUUCACGGCUUUUCUACUGCCAAUUUUGCGCUCUGCAAUCGUUUCGGAACGAUGCACUCGAAAUAGUAUCAAUUUGGGAAAGUUGAUCGACACGUUGCUUACCGAUUACGAUGUGCAUUUGUUGCCAAAUGCCGAGGGAGUCAACGUCACCAUGGAGCUUCACGUCCAAAGUAUAUCGGGCAUCUCUGAGAUCACAGCCGAUUUCUCGUUAGAUGUGAUGUACAGUGAGAUUUGGGAGGAUCCACGACUUUCCUUCAAGCAUCUCAACGUCUGUACAACGAACAUCACACUGAAGAGUGAUUUCAGGAAACGGAUAUGGACCCCGGAUACAUGCAUCAUUAACAGCAAAAGCUCUCACAUUCAUAGCUCACCCUCGGAAAAUACGUUUGUAAUUCUUUACGAGAAUGGGCUUGUUUGGAGUAAUUUCAGACUUCAUACACAAGCUCCAUGCAAAGUCGACUUGAAAAUGUUCCCGUUCGAUUCGUUGAGUUGUGAAGUGAUACUCGAAUCGUAUUCUUUCAAUUCCGACGAGGUGCGGUUACUGUGGCAUGCGACUCCUGUAACGUUAAUGGAAAAGGUGGAGUUGCCCGAUUUCGAGAUGACAGGCUGGUCAACCGAUCACGAAAGGCUCGGUUAUCCAAAUGGUAUCUGGGAUCGGGCAAAGGUGAAAUUUGUGUUCGCUCGCCGCUAUGGUUUCUACCUCUUCCAAUCUUAUUUCCCCACUUCUCUCACUGUCAUUUCGAGUUGGGUCGGCUUUUUCUUUGAUGUUCGAAGCGUCUCCGCUAGGAUAACUCUCGGUGUUUCCUCACUACUCGCGUUGACUUUUCAAUUCGGCAAUGUUCUUCGACAUUUACCUAGAGUCAGCUACAUAAAGUGCCUCGAUGUUUGGAUGAUAUUCUCUGUGAUCUUUAUUUUUAUGACACUUGUUGAAUUGGCGAUCGUGUGUCAAUUGAAUAGAUGGGAACGAGAAAGACAAAUUGGUUCGAAAGUUCUUGGUCAUUGGCUCAAUCAGAUCCGAAAAACCCGAAAAGAAGUAAAGCCAUCAAAUGGUGGUGGUGAGGGUGGAGGAUUGCGGAAGAGGUUGCUAGGGCUUGGUGGAAACAAAGCACCACCAGCAACAACAGAACAACCAACUGAACAGCCAAAGGAGAAUGCAACCCCAGGCACUCACACCGUUCAACCAACCAAUUUCGCCCCAUUGUCCGCCAACAGUAAACUAAUAGAAAAUAAUGCGGCUAAUGAGGACGCUGAAUGUGACGGCCGACCACCACGGAAAAAAGCCGAGUUCCGUGAAGCGGUGCAGAGAGUUUUCUACUUGUUUUGCCCUCCUGACAGGGAUUGGACUGUCACUAGUGUACAGGUUGACCGAUGCUCAAUGAUUAUGUUCCCACUUUCUUUCCUUGUCUUCAAUAUUACCUACUGGUCAAUAUAUUUUCUGAAAAUGGAUCGCCCAAUG